CCCGGCCCCUCCCCAGCUCCGGCGGGAGCUGAUUGGCGCAGGCAUGGCCGCCUGCCCCGGGCUCCCUGCAUUUGAGCAGCUUCCAGAAGCUGACAAACCAGACUGGUUACAGCCAGGCUCGGCCCCAGCCCUGCCUGGCCCACGGCAGGAGGCAGCUGCCUGCGCGGGUGCCCGCCACGCCUGCACCCUUCUGGCGCAGCGGGCAGCGCCCGGCUCGGUGCCCUCUCCUCUGGAUCGUGGUGGGUCAGUACUGCGUUGGUGCUGGGGAGGAGGAAGAGGAGGAGGAGGAAAAGGCUGUUGGAUGCUCACGGUGCUGCCCCUCUUGGGGUGGCCUUGGUGAGGGUGAUGGGGCUGCACCCGGCGUUAGAGGCUCCAGACCCUCCGGUCUGGGAGGGUGCCCCAAAGCGCACCGGAGGGAUGUUGGGAGUCUGUGCGGACACUGCUGCCUUCAAGCCCUCCGGACAGCCGUGCUGAAGGAGUCUCCUGCCCUGGAGCAGCACCCACGUCCCGCACUCAGCCCCGAGGGGAGCCGGCGGGCGGGGGGCGAGCGGGGUGGCUGCUCUGGCCACCCUGAUGGAGCCGGUGGCAGGUGAGGAGGCAGAACCUGGCCCGCCGCCAGUGCAGGCAGCCGGUGGGGAAGGCUGUGCCAGGCAGCGGGACGAGAGCGAGACCGUGGGGUCGGGAGACCCCGGGGAGCCGUCCCAACGCUGUGGAGACGCUGCUGCUGCCUGGAGAUGCUGGGAGCUGCCACCGACGGAGGAUGCCAAGGAGCCGCUCCUGCCCGGGCAUGAGGAGCCGCCUGCCCACGGUGCCUCCCUGCCUGCGGGGCAGGACCCUCCCGCUGCCAACACCACCGCCCCCGUCCUGCCCCGCGGGGAAAGCCCAUGGCCCAGACCUGAAAGUGUCUCCAGCUCCACCCUGAGCCUCUUCGGCAAGGCAGAGGAGGCAUCGAGCGGUGGCGAGGCGGUGGCAGCGGAGCCGGGCCUCGUGCUGGCGGGCAACGAAGACGAGUGCCCCAUCUGCACGGAGCCCUACGACGAGCAGCGGCACAAGGCGGCCGUGCUGAACUGCAACCACGGGCUGUGCCGUGCCUGCCUGCGGGCCAUCAUGGACGCGGCCACCGGCGCCGAGCUCGGCCGUGUGCGCUGCCCCAUCUGCCGCCAGAAGACGCCCAUGCUGGAGUGGGAGAUCUGCAAGCUGCAAGAGGAGCUGCUCCUGCUGCACGCCCAGCCCGGCUCCCCCGGCGCCCUGGCCGCCUCCCGGCCCCCUGCCCUGCCGCCUCGGCGCCCGGGCCUGGCCGGCGCCCUCGAGCAUCGCUUCCAGGUGCGCUUCCACACGAGCCGCAUGUUCGGGUGCCUGCCCUGCGUGCGGUACCCGCCCUGCCUGAUCCGCGCCCUGGCGCGGCUGGAGCGGCGCUGCCGCUGCUGCUACCUCCUGCUGCUGGCGCUGCUGCUGGCGGCAGAGAUGCUCAGCCUGCUCCUCAUCUUUCUCCCCAUCGUCCUGAUGGUGAUGCUCUUCCUCAUCCUCGACAAAUAGCGCUGGCUUUGUGCCCUCAGGCUGAGCAUGCGUGGGGAGAAGAGCCCAGCUCCGGCUCUGCCCGCGGCCGUGGUGCCGACUGGAAGCAGGUCUGUGACCCUGGUGCCUGGGACACCUGGCACUGCCCGUGAACCCGGAGCGGGUGAGGCAGCGGAGGAGCAGGAGCAGGCAGCAGAGGGAGGCGACCCUGGAGCCGGGCAUUACCUGCACCGCAGCACCAGGUGACACAUCACUGCCACGGCCAGGGGGCAGAUGGAGUGGGAGCCCUUCCUGCGCUGAGGCACAUCCCUGCCUGGGGGCUGGGGGCUAGAGAGGCUCUGCAGGCAGAGCAAGGCUGUGCCACGGGCUGUGCCACCUGCACCCAGGACAAAUGGGCUGGGAUCCCCCAGCAGGGACUGAAAAUACAGCCUGUGUUUGUACCACAGCCAUGUCCAGCUGAGUUCAGUGCCUGGUCUGAGCAUGUCCCCUUGGGGCCCAGCAGUGACACAAGGAGGGAAUGGGCACGGCCAGUGCACCCACCUACAAGGGGUGUGUGCUCCACCAUGGCAUCUCCCAGCCCCUGCUGAGCCGUGCCAGCCCGUGCUCAGACUGUGCCCGUCGGGGAGAUAAGUGAGCAAACACGGCUCUGUCCCUGCCAUACACGGGUGGAGGAGCCUGUGGUGAGUGGCACAGGGGCUGUGCCCACAUGGGACCUGCCACAGAGCAGAAGUGUCCCUGGACUGAGCAGGAUCUGGGCUCUGCCUUUGUCUGCCAGCCUUACGUGGGGUCCACGUGCCAACCAGGUGAUGUCUGGGUCACAGUGUGGCUGCUCUGCACCCUUGUUCCUCCCCAAGGGGACAGGGAUGGGGAUCUUCCCAGGUUUUCAGCCACUUUUGGGCUGGUAGUGGGUAGCAGGGAGUUGUCAGACCCUCGAGGUCCUUCCAGGAUUCUAUUUCAGGGGUGCUGACACCCACCUCCACAGCCUGGAAUGUGCAGCAGGCUGUUUGUCACUGCCGGCCUCCUCUGAGUGUCCUGCCAAGGCUCUGACCCCAUGCCAAUUUCCCCCUCCCUGUGCUGUCCCCCCUCUCUGUCCCCCUCAGCCCAGCCCUGCUGGGGGGCUGGUGGCACUGCUGUGCCCUGUCCUCCUGCCUGGCUGUGCUGGGCUCGUGCAACCAUUGCUGUGUCCUGGCUUUGCCCCUCUCCCCUGGAAACACCCCGUGGGCACCUCCCCAGAGCUGUGGCUGUGGGAGACAGACCACAGGGUGCCAGCCCCAACACCCCCUUCCCCUUCCUCCUGCCCAGAAGCUGGGGAGGUGAGCAGCCAGCAAGCACUGCUGUGCCCCCACAGAAAACCCAUCCUUGUGCCCAGGAGGGCAGAGAAUGGGGCUACGGGCCUUGCCAGGACACUGGUGCCAGUCAGCAUCAGCACUGCCAUGGGCUGCUCUGGCAAAGUGCUGAGGCACAGGGUAGGAGCAAGGCACCCCAAAACAGGUCAGUCAGCAGGCAGAAGCAGGUGGGUCCCCCCAGCCCUGGUGGCACCAAGGAAUAUUUAUUUAUACCAAGUGGAGCAGCUCCAUCAGGAGAAGUGCCAGUUCAGCCCUGGCUGGGGCGGUUUUGGUUCCAUGGAGCCUGUGGGGAGGGGGAGCUCAGACACCCAGAGGGCCCUGUCACCAUGUGGGAGCCUCGUGCCCCUGCCCUACAUUGCGUCGGGGUGUUGGGGUGAACCAGGCCAGGGCUGCCCCCACGGACACCCCCGGCACUCCUCCCGUGCUUCCUGAGCCAGCUGUUGGCACCUCUGGGUGCUGAAAGCUGAAGGACACCUCCAUGGCCCUGAGAAGGGGUCCCUGGGGGCUGUGGUGUGGGAUGGACCCUGUGGGCCAUGUGGGGCCUGGCUGCAGUAUCCACUCCCAGAGCUGGGUUAUAUUUAGCAACGUGAGAUAGUGGUGAGCAGGGCUGGGGGCUGGCAGGGCUGACCCAGGGCUGAUGCAGGGCUCCCGCUCUGGGCAAAGCUUCUAGCACAGCCCCCCAAACCCACCCACCUUCCCACUUGCAGCCCUGUCCCCUCUCCCAAGCCCCUGACACCCUAUUGCACCACCCCAAAUGCUUCAUCGCAUCCCCCAGCUGGCACCUGCUGGCACCAGGUGAUGUGUGUCCCCAGACCAAUGACUUGGCUGUCCCCAUCCCUGCAGGGACCUGCCUAUUCUCUCCUGGCUUCUCCCACUGCAGCCCGGCAUGUCCCACCUGGGUCCUGCUCUGGCCAGAGGCAUCCCCAUCCCAAUUGCACCACAACCAGCAGCACCUUCCCUUCUCCACUCAGCCCCCCACUCUGGGGACAUGUCCCCACCCCACGCCCGCCGGGAGCGUGACCAGAGGGCCAGCAGCCACGGGGCCAGCACGGGGAGGGAACAUCGAGCUGGGCAGUGAGCAGGAGCUGGUGCCUGCGGCCAGCCCUUUCUUGGAUUUGACCCCAAGGAAAGAUCCCGAGCUCAGCAGUCCCUCCCCAGCCGCGGGGCCAGCACUGCCCUGGGGACCUGUCACAGCCACCACCCAUCAUUCAGUCACCGCGGGCUUGCGCCGCUGUGAAAGCGGGCGCUGGCACUUCGCAAGGAGCUUCCGCUGAAACAGCCCUUUGGGGGUGUGACCGCCCCGGCGCGAGGGUUGAGGCUGCGUGUCCCCAAGGGGACAGAUGUUACAGCAAUGGGGGAGAUUUUAGAGCCAGCUCACCUGGGAACAUCUGGGAGCAUCUCUGCUCUUAUGUGGCCAAACCUGCUCCUGCAGCAAUGUCCUGACCAUGCUUAAGCAGCUCGUAGGACUUGGAGAUCUUUAAAAACUUAGCGUGAAGGCACAAAGCUCAGAACGGCCAUGGGAACAUUUCGGGGGAUGUGAAAGACUUUUAAUUCACCUGCAUCUGUGACACAAGAGCUGGCACCACCCCAUGUCCCUGUCCUCUGCAGCAAACCUGGCCUCUCUUCCAGCAAGGGCUUAUUCGAGGUUAAUAGGGCAGGAGAAAUGGGCUCUCGCCCAGUACUUGCUCCUGAAAGGCCCUAUUUCUUCCUUAAUUGCAACUCAAAAUCAAAUUAACAGUUUUAAAUUUACUCUGGGCCCAAGAGGUGCCACGAGGGUAGGGGAGAACAUGUUGUAUCCUUUGUCCUUAUGUAAUAAAAAGGGUAAAUUCCUA